CUCUUCUGCGCUGACUGCUCUACGUUCACGUGACAUAACAGCGCUCGUCUCCUCGUGGCCUUCCUGCCUUGGGUCACGUGACCCUCCUCACAUCAGGGCCGCGUUACGUCACGGAACUGGCGCACUUCAUGCAUGUCAGAUUCCUAGCCCAAUGCUUGCACGAGAUUACAGUCAUCAGAAUACAGAUUUGCAAAGGACUUCUAGUCAAAUCCAUAACCUGUGGUAUCUGGCUACUAAGUUGCCAGAUGCUUUGUCAUAAAAUUGUAAAAUUUUUGGGUGCAAGAAAACUUGUAUAUAACUUAUGGAGGCCAGGUUUCAGACUCUUCCAUACAGCCUCCUGGAAAGAAGGAAGUGAGCAGAUGGCUGACACAUUGCAGAAAUCCGUGCAUUCGUAUUGCAGACCACCGUCUACAGAUUGUAGCACUAAGCCUGACAAGACAGUGAAGAAGUUAUCUGUGGAAGGCAAUAUUGCAGCAGGCAAAUCUACUUUCCUGAGACUGUUAUGUGCUGCUCAGCGGGAUUGGAGUUUGGUGGCUGAACCUCUCAGCAAGUGGCAGUGUGUCCAUUCUUCUUCCCAUCAGGAUGUGGACAAUUUGCUGCAGCUCUUGUAUGAUGACCCUGCCCGUUGGUCAUACACCUUUCAGACCCUGUCCUGUAUGAGCCGGUUCAAAGCUCAGAUUGAGACCCCUCCAGAACACGUGCUAAAGCAGAGAGAGCAGGUACAGAUAUUUGAGCGGUCGGUGUACAGCGACAGGUUUGUGUUUGCCAAGACUCUGUUUGAGCUUGGCCAUUUAAAUGGAAUUGAGUGGGCUAUGUACCAGGAGUGGCACUCGUUUUUACUAGAAGAGUUUGGCAAGAGAGCUGCCUUGGAUGGUAUUAUUUAUCUCCGAGCAGCCCCAGAAAAGUGCUUUGAGAGACUCCAGAAGAGGGGGCGGAAGGAAGAAAAAACUGUUACUCAAGACUACCUAAAAAAACUUCAUGAUCAACAUGAACGCUGGCUAAUAGAAAAGACAACGGGUGGCAAUUUUCAGCACAUUGGGGACAUUCCAGUCCUUGUGUUAGAUGUGGGGGAGGAGUUUGAAGGCGUUCCAUCAGUUAGUGAACAUCUAAGUGGCAGAGUGAAGGAGUUUGUUGCCAGUUUAUAGGUUUUAUUGUUAUUCACGUGAUCCUUGUAUUUAACUAUAAAAUAGUGAAGACAAAGAUGUUAUUUUUCUAGUGAGCCUUUUAUAUGUGAGUAUUUACCCGGAUGGGGACAGCACAGCGCUGGGCUGAUAAUUGGGGAAGGGGGGGCAGAACAGUGCUCGCGGGUCACAUAUGAUUAGUUCCCUGAUGUGGGGACAGCACAACGUUGGGCUGAUAAUUCAUUCAUUCAUUCCCGAGGGGGAGGGGCCAAACCUGUAUUGUGGUAUGGGGAAAAAUUCAUAUCGUGCAGGACAAAAAUUUCAGUAUUCGUUAUGAACCGGUAUACCGCUCAGCCCUACCAGUUGCACUAUAUUACACAGACAAUACCCAACCAUCUCAAAAUUCCCAUGUUAUCUAGGACAUAUUGUUUUUCAAUAAUAGCCUGGGGUUAUAUAGUAUAAUAUGACUCAGUAUAGCUCAAAAACUAGCUAAUUUAUACCAAAGAAACUGAGCAGUUGCUACUGAAAAAUGUAUAUUCUUUAUUAAUAU